AUGUUCGAGCGUGUGCCCGGCCGCUGCAAGAAGGCUUGGCUGUGUGACUUCUGCCACCUCCAUGCGGGCCGAAAGAAGAAGGGCGAACCUUCGACGGAUCCGAAGGAGCCGGCACGCUCCAGCACCCUGGACUUCGAGUGGGACACCGAGAGCCGGGAGCAACUGGGGGAUCACAUGGCGCAUCAGUUGCAGCAGAUCCAGCAACUUCA